AUGUUGCACGACGCAGCUCGCAAGGGAGAUAAUGCCACGGUUAAUACGCUUGUAGAAACGCUAGGAAUCCAUAAGGACUCCCGGGACGAGGGAGGAUAUACGGCGUUGCACUACGCAGUUAUCUUCAAGCAGAGAGAUACAGUUCUGCUACUGCUCGACCUCAGUGCAGACACCGAGGCCAAGGCAACCGACGACCGGACGCCGCUUCACCUGGUAGUCGAUAACGGGCACAUAGAUACACUACAGCUACUACUCGACCGAGGUGCCGAAAUCGAGGCCAAGGGCAGCACCGGCUGGACGCCGCUUCACCGGGCGGCCUGGAAAGGGCACCCGGAUACACUGCAACUACUGCUCGACCGCGGUGCAGACAUCGAGGCCAAGGGCAGCUCUGGCCGGACGCCGCUUCUCAUGGCGACUUUGAAAGGGCACACAGAUACACUGCGACUACUGCUUGACCGCGGUGCCGAAAUCGAAGCCAAGGGCAGCAGCAGCUGGACGCCGCUUCACCUGGCGGCCUGCAACGGGCACACGGAGACACUGCAACUACUGCUCGGCCGUGGUGCAGACAUCGGGGCUAAGGCAACCGAUGACUGGACACCGCUUCACCUGGCAGUCUAUAACGGGCACAUGGAUCCACUGAAACUACUGCUCGAACGGGGUGGUGACAUCGCGCCCGAAGAUCGAGAGGGUAGGACGGCGGGACAGCUGGCGGUGCAGAAAAGAUACGAGCACAUUGCACGGCUGCUCCUUGAUCGAGAGACCGCAGACGCUGGCGAGCGUAAUGAACCCGAACUCACAGGCUUAAUUCAUAUUUCCAGCAGGGAAGAACCCCCGCGUGGUCUCGUCGCCUAG